CAAAUUCCCCAGGAAGAUUAAACAAACAGUUAAAGUUAGGUGAAUAACCUAACACAGAACUUACAUUUUUCAAUGAAUUAUUUCCGUUUUAAAUUAACAUUUAAUCACUAUCAGGAUUAAUUUAUGUGUUUUAUAAUUCCGCUACAUGCACUAUGACCAUACUAUCUUACUCUCGGCUAUAAGCACCAGUUACACCGGUAUAAAUAAUAUCCCCACGGCAAACAAAACAGGUUGGCGAAAUUACUGUUAAUCAUUAUGAAAAGUGUUCCGAAGAAUUUAAUUAAUUGCCUUAAGAUCGUGACUUUCUCGAUCAUCUUGUUUUAAUAUGUUGAUACUUAAUUGCAGCUUUAAUCGGAUAUGUUGGUCUAUUUAUACUUACCUACUGCUGAUUCUGAUUUUUUGGAUGUUAGGUACCUACUAAAGGCAUGAUUACACUAAGGAUUUAGACGAAAGUAAGUAUGAUACCUACUUUAAAAAAAUUAAGGUGCGUAUAGCAUCCAAGUCGAAUAAGGAGUUCGAUCGGUCAAGGAUCUCAAUAAGUACUUACUAUAUAUACCUACCUACCUGCAUGAAUGUACCUUGUACGGAUAACAAUACAGCAUAUAAAACAUUUCGCACAAAUCCGGCGAGGGCAUUCACCGAAAUGUUCGGGGUCUUGAUGCUAAUUAUCCACGAAGAUAAUCCAAAGCCCCUCAGUAGACCUGUAGCCGUAGCCCGUGGUCAGCGGAGCGCGUUCACAACAGUUCACAACCGCAGACAACAUGCGUGCACACGGACGCGUGCCAAGUUUUAGUUUUGCGAGCGUCAUUUUGCGCUGCGCAUACAUUUACGCGAGUAUCACAGUUAUUGCGGCUUCAGAAUACGGUGUUCCUAUAGAAAUAAAGUUAUGGGAUACAGGACGAACGCCUUUAGCCCAUAUGGUGGAUGUAACAAACGAGUUCGGUUUAAAAGUGCUGGCAGAACAUAACUUUUUGAAUGAUAACAACAUAGCUUUCUCACCGUACGGCCUGAUGGGGAUCAUGGUCGCAUUGUAUGAGGGUGUGGAUGGAGAGUCCUCGUAUCAGAUCCAGCGAGGAAUGCAACUGCCGUGGAACCGAAAUGUCAUGAGAAUAGGCUUCAGAGAUAUACAUCGCACGCUGAAGACUUAUUUUGUUCCGGAAGAAGGAUUUUUAGCGGGGCUAGCAUUAAACAAUGAAAAUGUCACUUUCAACGAGCCAUACAAAAAGAUUUUGCGGUUCUAUGGUUUUGAUUUAGAAAACGACCAAUUGCCGACACUUGCUCCUGAUACAAAUAGUACUACAAAUAACACAAGUCCAGCUACCACAAUGAGUUCAGUAGGGUCUAGUGAAACAACAACAUCGACUGUGCCAAUGACCUCAGAAAUUACACCAGCUAGAGAAGAUGCUAGUACUGCUUCCCCAACAAGGGAAGAAACCACGACAACAACCAAUCCAAAUGCUGAGACAAUAAAUACUAUAGAUAUAAGAGAAGGUGCAACAACUGCUGCGAGCCCGUCUUCUGCGCCAAAUGCAGAGGGCACAUCCUUGAGUUCCACUGUCACCACGAUGGAAACAACGACUGAGAGAGUAACACAGACCACCCAAACAGCGACUACAUCUACCACAGUCGAGGCAACAACACAGGCUCCUACAACACCAGAAACAGAGCCAACCACGACAGCGACUACGACGACAGUUGCCCCGACUGUUCCAACAGAAAUGGAUCCUGUUUCAAGUAGCUCACAAGUUACAAAUACAGAUGAGCCGACUACCAACAACGAAGUGGAUACGUCACCAACCACUGUUGAUAUGACGCCCAGCACAACCCAAACCAGUACGACUGAUGCAAGUACGACACAGACCAAUCCUAUAGAGGAAACGCAAACCCAACUAUCAACUUUGGACAGCUCUACAAUAACAUCAACGAUAACUGAAAACACCCCAACGGAGGCUGUUAUGAGUACAAUAACAGAAACACAGCAAACCGAUCAAAUGUCUACAUUAACUUUGGACAACAUGACAACUGCAUUAAAUUCUGUGACACCAGCAAAUGAAUCUGCUUUAGAGACCCUUGAACGAAAGAAAAAGUCUAUUGUAGAUUUUAUAUUCACACACCCACCCUACAUAGAUGAAUAUUUGUACAGAUCUUAUGACAUUGGUUCGGAUGCAAUAAACCCGAGUUUUGACGACAAAAUGUUCUUGGCCAAUGGUUUGAGAAGCGUUCAGGUCACGUAUAUGCGAUACGACACAGUGCUGGAGCACGCCUACCUGCCGCAUUUAGAGGCCUCGGCAUUAAGAUUGCCGCUGGACAGCGAUCGUUACUACUUACUGGUGGUGCUGCCAAACCGGGGCGGUGCUCCGGAGCUGGGCCGGCUGCUGUCUCGGAUGGCUCGGGAGUCAGACUUAUCAGACAUUUAUUCGGUGUUGCGUCCGCGUCGUGUGAAGGGAAUCGUGCCCAGCUUCACUGUUAAAGGUCAUGUGACUUUAACUACAGAUUUGCAAAAGCUUGGCAUUAGAGAUGUUUUCGAACCGCGACAGCGCGACUUCACGCUGAUGACGAGACAGCCGGGAGUCUACGUGCGGAGCAUUGAACAAGCAGUCUCCGUCGCUAUCCGCAAAUACCGACCGGACGAUCAGAAGAAAAACAGAUAUGUAACAAGCCGUGAUCCUGUCAUAUUCUCCGCGACAUACCCGUUCCUGUACUUCGUGAUGGACGCGAGCAUCCACGUCGCGCUCAUGGCUGGCAAGAUGGUGGACCCGCUCAAUUCUAGGAUAUUAUAGUAUUAAUAGAA